AUGGGCGGGCAACAGCCGGAUCUGCUGCCUCGCUCUGAGCACGAGGAUAAGCCCUCAGCAGCGUCAGCCCCAGCCUCGCGACUUAACAGAGACAAGAUCAGAUGUCUUGACGGUCUGCGCGGUAUCGCCUGUCUUCUCGUGUUCAACUACCACUUCUUCUGGCCAUGGACACCUGUGAUUAUGUUGGGCUACGGCGCGUUUCCGCCGCGUGCGCCUGAGCCGUACUGGGGAUGGCAAUCGUUGCCUAUCAUCUGCCUCUUGCAUCGUGGACGUGCUAUGGUCGCCAUUUUCUUCGCCAUCUCGGGAUAUGUCAUUUGCCGCCAUAUUCUCCGCUUGAUCCACGAGCGCAAGCUCGAUACUGCUUACCAGAAGCUUGCGUCAUCUGUUUUCAGACGUGUCUUUCGCCUCUAUAUCCCUCCCACCAUCAGCAUGUUUCUGGUCGCCGUGCUAGCUCAAGUUGGCGUUUUCAAGUCCGAGUUUGCAAUUUAUAAGGGCCCGGACUCGCACUAUAUCAAUGCGACCAUCACCCACGCUGACUUGGCUGAGGGCAGCUUCUGUGUUAAUGGCACUGCUGUGAAAGGAGCACCAGGAAUCGCGAACUACCUCGGCAUAGAGACCACCGCAUACCUCCGUAACACCACUGGCUAUCCGUUGGGAAACACCACAGAGUGGACCGAUUUGCUUCUUUGCGUCAACCAUACGACACGAUCGUAUGGACCAUCCCAGCUUUACACUCUUGAAUCCGAAUAUGAAGCUCAAUUCCCUAAGAAUGACACCAACUCCACUAAGACCAUCAAGGAUACCACUAGCAUGGAGCGACUCUCGUCCCUCGCCUACCUGGACGACGAUGAAGACCUGGCUCUUUCUAUUGGCAACGCUUCCAACGCCACAAACCCGCUCAACCUAACUUGGGUUCAGAUGGGAGGUUCAUGGGAAGAGCAUCCAUUCAUUCACCCCAAUCUCACGUAUGCGCUUCAGAACUUCACCAGAUCGUAUGCUGAAUGGGCGAAUCCCUUCAACUUCGGCCACUACCACACGCGUUACGACCCGCAUACUUUCACAAUCCCAAUGGAAUUUCGCGGCUCCAUUCUGAUAUACGUCUUCCUUCUCGCCACGGCUGCCAUCAAGGCAAAAUGGCGAACGAGGAUUGGUAGCUUCCUGUCUGCUUACAGUCUGUUUAUCGGACGAUGGGAUAUGGCCACCUUCAUGGGUGGCAUGUUGCUUUCGGAACACGAUGUUCGUCGGUCAUCCGAUUCGCUUCCUUUGGCCGCUGGGGCUCGUGCGCGGGGAGGCGAUUUCCAAAAGACGACUAAAGGAACGGCGUUACGAUGGGCUGGUAUCGUUUUGGCGCUUUAUUUCCUUAGCUAUCCCGACUCUGGCGCUGAGUACACCCCCGGCUUCGCGUACUUUUCAACCUGGGUACCCAAAUACUACCACCCGCUGUCCGGAUGGAUGUUUUAUCAGGCAAUGGGCGCCGUGCUCCUCGUUGCUUGUAUCCUGCGCAGUCCGGUUCUCGUUCGUUUACUCGAGAGUCGUUUCCCUCAGUACCUAGGAAAGGUCAGCUUUUCGCUGUAUCUUGUGCAUGGACCUGUUUUGCACAGUCUAGGUUUCUGGAUCAUGCCGCGACUGUUUGAUAGCUUCGGAAAGACAGGUGGUUAUGCGAUUGGCUGGGUUAUCCUGAUGGCUGUGACGUUUUAUCUUACUGAUUUAUGGAACAGGAAGGUUGAUGUAUGGAGUGUGACUGUUGGUAGGAGAGUGGAAAAGGCACUUGCAGAGGACUGA